UGAUCCGCGCUCGAAAAGUUUACAGGUCCAUCUCGUUGUUUUGCAGGUUCGAGAUUUCUCAAGCGAUUCAGCGAAAAGAGAGAAGCGUAGGGAGAUGGCUGGGAGACUCAGCACGGCCGCAUCUCGACUGUUGGGCGGCGGCGGCGUCUGCCGAUCCGUUGCCUUUUCCCUCCCCACUCGUUCCGGCAUGGGUCUUCCCGUGGGAAAGCACAUCGUUCCCGACAAACCCCUACCGGAGCAAGACGAGCUAGUAUGGGACAACGGAACGCCCUUCCCGGAGCCCUGCAUCGAUCGCCUCGUUCCAAGCAUUGGCAAGUAUGAAUCUCUGGCAUGGCUUUGUGGUGGCUUGGGAUUCUUUGCUGCCAUCGGUUUGCUUGCUGUCUGGAAUGAUAAGGCUUCGAAGAUACCCUUUGCACCAAAAGUUUACCCCUAUGAUAAUCUGAGAGUGGAACUUGGCGGGGAGCCUUAGACCUCGCUUUUAUGGUUUUUGUUUAUCUCAGUUGACGCUCCUAUGCGGCAAGCUAUCUCAAUUGGCGAUGCAAGUAAUCCUCUGGUUUUAUUCCAUCUGAAAUGAAACUAAUAUCUGUUUUAGUAACUUUGAAAACUUUGCUUGUUCUUGAUCUUCCAGUAAAAUAAAUUUCUUCCUUCUUUUUCGUUGGUUUUAAAUAUUACUUGACCUUAUAGUAGUUGCUGCAUUUAUGUAAAGCUGUCAUUGAAACCUGAAAUGAUCUCAUUCUAAAUUUUAUUUUUAUUAUGAACAUAAGUUGCUUAUCUAAAA